AUGUCAACCCGCCCAUGGCUGGCAGCUGGGAGAAGAUGCACCCACGCAAGCCGCAUUGGUUAUGUCCGUCGCACACUAGAGCCGCAUUGCAACGAGACAUUCUCUCGUGACCUUCCCGGCGAAGUCGAAGUUCAGUUCAUCUCCGUCAACCGAACAGGGCCACAAGCAACACCCAUGCUAGAGAGUGGAGAAGACGUGACAGCAUACCUCGACAAGCAACAAAACUGUGAACAAGGCGAGAAUGAUGCCAAGGUCCAUUGCCGAUAUGUGCUUUUACACCCUCUCAUCGGUAGAUCGCCUCUCCUGAUACCACACCGACAAAUGCUUCACCUUUUAGAGUCAUGGAAUGUCUUCCCAGAGAUCUGUCGCUAUCUGAACGCGUUUGGGAAGAAAUACUUUAACAAAGACGAAGCGUUUGCUGGGUUUGACUGUGUCGAGUACGAAGACAGUAACAACAGCUCAGUGAACAAGCUGGAGAUGUGCUAUCUACUCAAGUACGCUGCCUCGAAACGAAACGAAGACACAAAAGUAGACGCAUGGACGAUCCGGCACGCGCUCAUUUAUCAACGGACCUGCUUGAACACGAGAGAAAGCUCGCACAUUCUCGUCAGGCUAUCAGAUAACAUGAAGCUCGCGCUGAAAGAGGCUCUGUCAGCACCCAGCGAGGAAGUACAGAACUUCAGCCGAGACUGGACAAGACUACACUCGCUCGUUCUCGGGGAGGUCGACGACGGCUGGCGACAAAUGAUCAACAGUCUUGACAGUGAGGUCAGUGAAAUCUUUCACCGUCUCAUAGCAUCCGGUGUAAUCCCCCAAGACUUCAACAUAUUUGACUCGCCAGCCACAGUAGCCCAGGACAUGAAACAUCUCCAGCGUCUGACAGACAGUCUACGUCGAGUGUCCACCAUGAUUAGUUUAAACAUCGACACAAUUGACUGCCUGAUCAACCGGGUGGAAAUGCUCAACAAAGGCGGCUACAUUUACCCCGACGACUUAUUACCCUUUCUUCGCACCCUCCACCAGUUGAAACAAGAGCACAAAUUCGCCCUCAAAAAUAGCUCAGCCGUCCUCGAGCGAGCCACCUCCCUAGCGAACCAGCUUCGAGACACCGUGACGUUGCGAAACAGCGAGAUCAACAAACACCACACGGAACAGCUGGGCGGCAACACGGCCGCCCUUGCAAACCUCUCAGAGCAGGCUGGUCGUGAGACAAGCGUGGUAAAAACGCUCACUGUGCUUGCUCUGGUGUUCGUGCCGGCGUCAUUCGUCGCCGACUUCCUGCAGAUGGGCUACGUAACGACAGAUCCGGACAACGCUAGGAUAUGGAGAGCGGCACAAGACCUACAGCUCUACGCCGCGUUGGCGAUUCCCCUCGUGGCUCUGACUAUGGGGUUCUAUAUUGUGAUAGAAUUGCGCAAGGCAAGUCAUCACGGGCAGAAAGGUACAGUGGGGGCUCCAUAA